AGGGGCAAGUGGGAGCCGACGGAGCUCAGAUUCAUAUCUGCUGGUGGUGCUGGAGGCAAAGCACACAUGCAAGAGCGUAACGUGCCGUGCAGGGACCUGGGACACGCACGGCUAUCGAAUGGAUCACUCUGACACACACUUCUGAACCCAGGCCGAGCGAGGAGGAGCCACCCGAAUGAUUUACACAGUCCCUUGCAGCCCUUGUUUGUCCCAGGGAGAGAGAAUACAAACUACCAGCCUCUGAUGAAGGCGCAUUCAUUCAGGAGGCAGCAGAUAUCACGGCAGGCGGAGGGACGUGGUUAUUGACGGCACCGACGAUGUGAAUGUUUGGGGGGAAAUUCUGAAUGCUUUGUGUCACAGAGCUGGACCACUCAACAAGAUCACAAGAAUGGAAAGCAUCAGCGUGGAAACGGGCUGGGAUGGGCUGGCCCUCUCCUCCAUAGGCACCACAGGAAGCAACAACUUCUCCUCCUCUUCCCUGUUUGUCUCUGAACUGAACUCCCUCAACAGCUCUCACAGCGGAGGAUCCGUUUUUGGGAUCUUCUCCGAGAACUUCUCCACCACCACGCCUCACACCUUGCCCCAGCCCAGGGUGAGGGACCCGGGCCUGGCUCGGGCAGAGAUCGCGGUUCUCGGGGUGGUGCUGGCUCUCACCACCCUGGGAAACAGCUUUGUACUGUGGGUGCUGCUCAGGAGGAGGAAGUACAAUGCACCGAUGCAUGUGUUCAUGGUCAACCUGUGCGUGGCUGACCUGGUCGUGGCCGUCUUUCAGGUUCUUCCACAACUCAUAUGGGACAUCACGGGGAGGUUUCAGGGGCCUGACUUUCUGUGCCGGACCGUUAAGUACUUGCAGAUUGUGGGCAUGUUCGCAUCCCCCUACAUGAUCGUCGCCAUGACGGUAGACCGCCACCAGGCCAUCUGCUGCCCGUUGCAGGCCUACCGUGGGGGAUCAAUGUCCCGCUGGAACACCCCUGUCAUGGUGGCCUGGGGCUUGGCGCUUGUCCUCAGCAUACCACAGGUGUUCAUAUUCUCCCGCUCGGAAGUGAGUGCUGGCGAGUUUGACUGCUGGGGUCGCUUUGCUGAGCCGUGGGGGCUGAAGGCCUACAUCACCUGGAUGACCGUGGCUGUCUUCGUCCUUCCUGCCCUUAUCAUCACCAUCUGUCAGAUUAGAAUCUUCAGAGAGAUUCACAAGAACAUCUACCUUAAGUCAGAAAGGGUGGUGACGUCCAAGUUAAAGAAGAAUGAGCUCUUCUUCCGCUUCCACGUCUUUAAGAAGCAGGACGAGCGGGAGAGUGAGAGAGGAUGAAGUAAUACUGAGGGAGGUCGGAAUGGCAGAGAAGCACGAGUGUUAAAGGGUUUGAUUAACAGCCCAUUAAUAACACCCAAGACGGAGAGUGCUAGGACAGGGACAUGUCUGCUUUCCUGUACAUCCGUUCGCGAAGAACUCAGUAGGACCACACCGCUGCCUGCACAACAGCAAACACUGAGCGGCUCAGACAGCCUGAACUUGUUCACGGCCUACGAAGUAGACUCCGGCUCACCCCGCUGCUCCAUAGACUACACCCGCCCCCCCCCUCCAGCCUCUCCCCCGCCCAGCAUCACGAAAGCCAUGUCCAAGACAGUGAGAAUGACCCUGGUAAUUGUACUGGUCUACACUAUCUGCUGGUCGCCUUUCUUCAUCGUCCAGCUUUGGGCGGCGUGGGACCCCAACCCUGCAAGUCACACCGGAGUGGCCUUCACUAUCCUGAUGCUGCUGGCUAGCCUUAACUCAUGCACCAAUCCGUGGAUCUACACCGCUUUCUCCAGCAGCGUAUCCAGAGAGCUGCAGAAUCUGCUGCAGUGUCGGUCACGAUCCGGCCGCCGAGGCUCUCUGCCCGACGACUCCACCGCCACACACACCUCCACCACCAAGGACAGCCUGUGCUGACAGAGAGCGAUGAGGCCCAAACCAGCAAAGCGACACCUUUGAAAAGUCAUGUACUGGUGCACAUGGGCCCGCUGGAAGGACGUGCUACUGCACAGAACUCUGCCAGCACCACCUACGGCGUCGCAGCCUGACAACACAGCGCGCUGACCUCUACCAGAUGUUAUCAACAACAAAGGACAGCUGUACUGUCAACAAGUCCUCUAUCUGUAAUCAACGAUCCUCUCUACCCAAGCAGAGAGGAAAUGUAUCAUGGAGGAUGUCAACACCCUUUUAUGAGAGCACUGUAGAGUGUACAGUGAAUGUCAGGGACAGCAUCUGCAAUGCAAAAUGGCCUUGAAAGUGAAGCGUUCUUUUUUUUACCUCCGCUGCAGUUGAGCAGGAACCUCUGCAUGAAUUCAUAUGAGAAAAGCUCUUUCCCUACUGAGCAGAAGGAAUGCACGGGGUGGUUGGGUGCAUUACCAGCCUUACGGCACGCCUAAUGUCCAAAGCAGCAGACAGAUCUAUGGGUGCAGAGACAGCAAAGCAGCAGGCCGAGGGAAAGAGAGGGAGAGAGAUGCAUAUUGACAGCAAGAGAGAGCGAGACCGAGAACAGACCGCUUACGACAUGUUACAGCUGCUGCAGUCCAAAGGCAAAGGCAAAUAAAAUCAAAUAAUGUGAACAAACGUUGUUGAAUCAAAGAAAGUCGAUUAAUGGCGAGUGGCUGAAUUCACAUUUGCUCAGGGAGUAUGCAGUUGGAAGGAAGUAGUGAUUCGUUGGGUGGAGAUUCACUCAUGAGGGCGGUGCAGCAGAAAUACUUUUAUUUAAUGCUGACAAAAACGCACUCGCAUACAAACGUUCAAAGUGACAGGAAACGAUAGAAUCUAAAAGAAUGAAAAUGAACAAUGCAUGUUUCUGCAGCAAAUUGUGUGAGUGUGCUUGGCACAAACAGCAUAUAUAUAUAAAAUAUAUAAAGUUAGAACAUAAGACGCGGGAAGGAAACAAAGACCAUUCCAUGUACAUGAAUUAUGUAAAAUAUAUUUAUUGAAAAUGUAGGGCACAUUAGAUAUCACAUAAGAUAAAAGUCAAAAGUAAAUCAUCGGUAGAAGUAGAAAACAGUGUGGCGUUAAACCAAAGAUUUUUUUUUUUUUUAAGUUUGACUGUAGAAUAAAUUCAAAUGAAGCUUCAGCGGACAUGUAACGUGUAAAGAGAAACCACUGCAUGUCAGUUUAAGAAAAACUUUGCAUCAACAGUGCGAAUUCUUCCUGUCAAACAAAGUGCCUGUAAAGUCCGAAGCUGUUUUUAGACGGGCCUCCCUCGCCUCGCAUGGUGAUGUCAACCAUGUUAUUCUUAGAUGCGCUCAUUGGUUAUAUAUCACACCAAGAGCCACGUGUUCUUGUGUUUUUAUUUAUGGUUGUAUAUUUGGAAGAUACAUACAUAUAUGUACAGUAUAUGUUUCUAUAUAUUAUUAGCUCCUUGUAUUGCCUUAUUUUCAUGUACAAUUUUAUAUUACAUUUUUCUGUGUCCAAAGUAAUGUAUUAUGCCCUGGAACUGCAUGAAACACUUAUAAUAGUAAAGUUGUUAUUUUUUAUAAAUUAGGGUGGCAUAAACUACUGUACAUACAUAUAGGUUUUAAUUUGUGUGUGGUUAAAAUGGACUUGGUCAAACUAUUGGUUUCCGAUUAGAUCCUCCAGGAAAAGGGUAUUUUAAAAUGCUGUUUAAUCCUUUUGAGCUAGUUAAGCGCAUCCUUUUUUUUUUUUUUUUUUAUACAACAGGGUGGUGUUUCUAUCCUGCUGGACAGCACAAAGCUUUUAAGACCCGGGAGUACUCUCCUGGGUCAAAGGAGGAGCCCUUUCGAACUUAACCCUUUUCCUCCUUGCGGCGAAGGCGUUUGGUGCUCUCGACUCGCCUCUGUGCAGUUGUUCCCCAGAAGCACUUCGAUUCUCCGCCAGCAACAACGAAGUGUGUAGAACUUAAUAACGUAAUAUCAGGAAAUAGAUUAACUUCUCCAAAACACUUGGGCAGUGCAUUCAUUUUCAGCUUCCUGCCAUAAAGUUUGAAGGUCAGCGGAUGAUUCAUGAAGAAUUGAUCCAUCCAUCCUUCCAGAUUGAAGGUAUAGAGGCCACACACACUCGUUCUGCAUUAUUCUGUGUGCACAGCCAUUAGUUAAAAGCCGCUAAAUAAUGAAUGCUCCAUGCAAUAAAUGGAGAACUUGCUACACGUUGACUCAUCAUUGCAACGUCUUGUUUCCUGAAGGUGGAAGAACUAUGAUACCACCACCCCACUCCUGUCAGAGCAUAUGAUAGAAGGUCCACAGGCUAGAUCAGUGCGUCCUUUAAUCCUGCAGAGUGUGUGUUUAUGCUGAAUGAAUGUGAAUGAAUGUGAUGCUUAUGGUUUCCAAGCUGAAGCAAGGAUGACAUUGAAACUCAAGGUCACUUCUUCAUCACAGUGGGGCAGAGCCCCGCGGCUGUGAUGGGAGGGCAUAAAGGAAAUAAAUCACUCGUCUGUGUGACUGUCACAAGGGCAGGAAAAUUGCUAAAUGUCUCCCUUCAAAUCAAUUUAGGGUCAGCCAAGGAGUGCGUCCAGCGACGGAGCGACCCAGCCCUGACCAAAGUCGGAUUAAUCAGACCUGGAGCCAGAAGCUCUGCUACACUGAGCAAUGCGUCUGCAUUGCUUAACUCAUGAGCCAACAGACCUGAUGACUGCCGACGCUGCUAAGGAGCUCAUUCCAAGACACCGAGCACACAAACCAGCUCGAAAUCAGCGUACUUUACAGACAGCGGAAGCAAAAGGAAAAUGAUGCAGGCCGUUCGGAAUAGAAGGUUAAUUUCUGCAGCCACAGUUGUUUUUAUUAGGAAUUAAAAUUAGGUGGCUCAUACUUUAAAUAAGAGCAAAUCUUUUAUUCCCCCUGAGCCACAGGAAUCAAGGCUUUUAUCACAUUCGCCCAGCUGCUUUUCAUUACUCAAAGUGAGGUUUGUGUCUACACCUCAAAGACCCUCUAAAAACCCGCAUGAGGACAGAGUCUGACCAAAUCCAUUUCACGGGAGCUCAGUCAACCCGCUUUCAGUGGAUUUACGACAAUUUGUUGUAAUGUGUCGGGUUCUGUUUAAGCUACUAUGUUUUGUGGCAAACGGCCAGCAGAGCAUGUAGAUUCAUUUAAGGAGAAGUUCAAUUGCAGCGGUUGACCUGCAGCGUGAAAAGUCAAGAGCACGUCUAGUGUGACAGAGGAGAAGAGAAAGGGCAUUUCCCCAUACGCGUCUGGUUCUUGCCUUGCAACUGCAUCAACAGGCACACACUGAUUUCAUGAUACUCUUACAGGACAGCAAGAGGGAGAUAAAGCAAAGCACAAAAGCUUGGAGCUGAGGGUUUAUCCACUCUAAACAGUCCAACUGUGGUGGUGGAAGAAGCUGCCAGUUUAAACAGGCUCAAACGUCCGUGAAAUAAGAACAAUAACUGCAUAAAUCGUUUUUUUUCCCCCUACUGAUUACUGAACUCGCCAUCAGUUUGUUGACUUUGUUCUGUUUUCUGAAAAGAAGUGAAGUACGAGCAGAAACAACGCUUGCAUCAGACACACAAAGUGCUGCUGCCAGUGAGGAUUGUUGGGGUGACGUCAGUUUCCACAUUGCUGGAUCUCACUAAGUCCGAAUCAGCGUCUGCCUCCAGCUGCUGGGGUUUUACGCACCUCUGUCCCAGCAGCUUUUCUCUGCCUCACAGCACCGGAUCCCACGACCAAGAUUUGGCUUACGCAAUGUGUACUUAAAUAAAACACAGAUUCCAAUUUGUUUCUUUCGGUAACUAUGUAAAUUAUUGUUUGAUACAGAAAAUCACUGCCAUUGAAAGAAUAAAUUGCAACAUCAACCGGAAGUG